CGAACAUGUACAAGCGUUUACUUGCAGCAAUCUGUAGUUUCGUGUUUGAAGUAGAUAAGUUCAGUUUUAACUAGCACACAUUUGUGUCGGGUUUGCCCUCUAGCCCACGUUGUUCGUUUUUAAUGUUGCAUUUAAAGUUGAUUGUCCACAUUAGGAAGCAGACAUGUACGGAAUCGAUCUCGGGACCUCCUACGUCAGGAUGGCAGAGUUCAGUAGGAGGAGGGCUCAGCCUGUGGCGAUCUCGUGGGACGAUGACGAGGACGACUCUGAGAAGCUCGUGAGGAUCGAGGGGAUGAAUAUACACAUUGGGGACGACAUAUCAUGGCCACUGUUCUCCGAGAGUAAUACGAUGGCAUUCGGACCUAUGUGUCUACUAGGACGAAAGUAUGACCAAUCGGUGAAAGGUGCCAGCCAAUUUUGGAAUUUCAAAGUGGUUAAUGUGGAAGGCAAACCUCACAUAGAAUGCAAGAAAGGCAUGGAAACUGUGCAAGUCCAGCCGGAAACGGUCGUGAUCGAAAUCUUGGCGAAACUUAAAAGUCUUGCCGAGAAGCGAAGAACCAAAAAAGAGGAUAAAGAAGGAUCAAAAGAUAAGUUUGUGAUCGCGGUGCCCGGAUGUUAUACUUAUGCUCAGAGAAGAGCAGUUUUGUUCGCAGCUGCGCAGGCAGGGAUGGAGGUAGAAUAUCUAAUCAACAACACAACUGCGAUUGCCAUGACGCAAAUGGUUAGACCGGAAACUCGUAAACGUGUGAUCAUUGAUGUUGGAGCUGGAUCCUUUACUGUAUCUGCAAUCAGCAUCGAGAAAGACAAGCUGAAAGUUUUAUCGACUGUAGGUGAAAACGACUGGGGAGGGGAUGAUGUGAAUAAACUGUUUACCUCUUAUUGCAUAGAGAAGUAUGCAAGGGCACAGGGAAAAAGGAUGAAACCUAAGGAAUUAGAUGAGGUGAUACGUAGGUGCCAAGUGGCUAAACAUCAACUGUGUGAUAAUUCAUCUGUGACAAUAAAACUGCCGAAAGGCAGUUGUCAACUCGAGAAAGUCAUGUUUGAAGCAUGGAAUUCAGACCUACUCGAUCAUGUUUCUGGCCUCUUGGACAGGUGCUUGAUUGAAGCAGAAAUCGACCCUGACGAAGAAAAGGAUCUUCGUGUCACCAUGGUCGGAGGAACUUGUCAACUCCGCGAAAUUGAAAACAUUGUUGUUGGAAAGUUUAAAGACAACAAAUCCUGUGUUGUGGAAAACUUGUACUUGGACAGACAUUUAGUAGCCUGUGGAGCAGCUCUGAUGGCUGGAUACUCUAGUGGUGAAUAUAACCGUCUCGUUAGAGAAGUGGAAGAAGUGACGCCUCUCCUCGGAGUGAAGAAUCGUGAUGGCCGAGUCUGUGAGGUUAUCCCCUACCGAUCUUCACUUAAUAUCGCAUCUUCUUUGACUUCAUCUACUUCCGUCACCACUGGUACAAGUAGAGCUUGCAAAGUAGACCUUCAGGUGUACGAGCAAGAGAGGUCGUAUAUGGCGAAUUACGUUUUUCUUGGAGGUAUCUCUCUUGACCUCCCGGACAAUCUAGGAGGAGCUGAAUACGACAUUAAGGUUACUUUCAAGGUUGAAAAGAACACUUUUCUCGUGACUGUGACCGAACACACUACGGAGACGAGUAUUGAUAUUUUAAUCUCACACCAACAAGGAUUACAAAAAUAUGGCCCAUGUGUACAAGAACUGAAACCUUUGGAAAUUGAAUAUCUUCCUGAAUCUGACAUUGAUGAAGAAGACGAAGAUGAAGAAAAUUCCUCUCCCACAGAAAUCCAAAAAUGCACGUGUCCAAAGGUACAAAAACAUGGUACCGACUUACCAGCUAAGACUAGUACCAGAAGAGAAAGUGAAACAAGUUCUCCAGGCAGCAAAAGUACACGGAGUUCGGUGCAACAUAUAUGUGACAGUUGUAACGUCCCCAUUGCUGACUCCUCCGACGAUGAAACCGAAAAGUCCGAUUCCCGCUUAUGUAAACAGUGUGCCGAUUUAUUAACUCAGAAUGCUGCCAAAGAAACGGAAUCGCUCCCCAAUACAGACAAAAGUGCUGCUGCAAGUACAGAUAAUGAUAACGCUGGUUUUAAAAGUAAUGCGUCAUGUCAGACUGAAGAUGAAUCUCCAUCGUCCGCUGUUGAUGAAGAUUCUGAGAGGAUGAGAUGGACAUCUGAACCUGGAGAUAUUGUACCAUUCUCAAAUACCGAUGAAACUCCUUGGCCAUACCAACAUAAAGACAGCGCAGAGGAGAAAUCAUCAUCUCAGGCUGUGAGCAAACGAAAACCAACUUCUAAAUUAUACGUCCACGAUAGAAUUAAAAUACCAUGUACUUUGCAUGAAGAUCAUCUGCAAAAUAUAACACGCCCUAAAAUUGUUCUCAGUGAAGAGGAUUAUGUGUUUGGAAUUUAUCUUGGAACAACUAGUAUUCAACUUGGUUAUGCACAUGGACCAGAGCUUGAACUUGUACCUUACCUUCCGACUGUUAAAUAUUGCGAAAAUAAUUUGGUGAAAUUUGAGGAAGGAACUAUGAUAAUCGGAGAUAACUACGAGUGUGACAUAUUUGAUAGAAAUAAUAUCCUCCCCUGUGAGAUUUUACGACUUGUUGGACGUAGACACAGCAGUCACGUGAGGGAGAUAACCAAGUUUUGGCCAUAUCCAGUGGUGAACGUGAAUGGUUGGCCACACAUAACGUUCAAGCACAAAGAGAAGGAUGUAACAAUCAGCCCUGAGACGGUUCUAUGUGAAAUUCUGAAAGAAAUAAAACUGUUCCUGAAGAAAGUAUAUUGCAAAAAGAAGGAGCCUGUGGUCGCCAUCACGGUCCCUUCAGCGUGCACCUACGUCCAGAGAAGGGCAGUGAAGAAGGCUGCUCGGCAGGCAGGGUUGACGGUCCCUUAUCUGGUCAACGACACAACUGCCUUGAUGCUGUUCAAACGAUACAAAAUAUUUACGGGCACCUGUGUGAUCAUACACCUGGGAGGAGGGUCUCUAACUAUAUCUGCAUAUAGAGUGGUCCGAGAAAAGAUCAUAGUGCUCUCGACGGUAGGUGACAGCAACUGGGGAGGACACGAUCUGGACAACAGCAUUAUUGCCCAUUGUCACGAGAUAUAUCAACAAAAUGGAGGCACGGAAAUGUCAAGUGAAGACAUUAAAGCACUACGACUAAAGUGUGUGAAAGCAAAACACGAAUUGACUACUAAGAGAGAAACAAAAAUCGAUAUACCCGAUUGCCACGAACCUUGCAGCAUAACGCGUGAAGAUUUUGAAAACUGGAAUGACGUGCGGUUUACACAGCUGUCUGCCCUUCUAUCCAGGUGCUUAUGGGAGGCGCGAAUCGACCCGAAGAUAGAGCGUCCAGAAAAGGUUCAAGUAAUAUUACACGGCGGGUCUACCCAAGUGCCGAAAGUCCGGGAGAUAGUCCAGAACUGUUUCGCAGCACAUGUGAACGUAAAAACCAGUUACAGACUGAGAGACACUGCAGCCAGAAAGCCCGAGACCACUGCAGACAUAACAACGGAUUUUCGAAAAGUAGGAAAAACCGCGAAAGGGGCAGCCAUCAUGGCUGCCAUGGAAACGGGGAUUGCAAAGUUCAUUGAAUUUUGGCCGAAGGACGUAGAGGUUUGCGAACUGGCUCCACAGCUCGGAUUGAGAACAGCUUUCGGGAACUUCUCUGAGGUUAUUCCGCGCUCCUACUUUCCAAUGUGCAAGUACAAAAGCUACGUCGUCGACACACAAUAUGAAGGCGACGUUCGUAUACACGUGUUUGAGCGGGAAAGGAAUUAUACGAGCGAACACAGUUGUGUAGGAGGCGUCUGUCUUAAAUUCCCUCCGGGGAUUGGUGUUGUCUAUCUAAUAAUCACGUUCUGUGUUGAUCAACACGAUUUUGUCUUCACUGUGGCGGACUCGAAGUGGAAGCAGGUGAGAGCUGUGUUAAUGUCGGAAAAAUUUGGGGAUCCAGAGCUGACGGAUUCUGCAGGUCGAAUUCUAUUUCAUCCACGAGAACCCAUGUGCUUUGUUGGUUGGGUCGGACGUUCAGUAUCUACUGGACCCGAGAAUGAAGAACGAAGAUUAAAAGAAGACGAUAAAAUCUCAUCACCAGAAUGGUCUUUGAUAAAUGUCAAACUGUGUUUCUGUUCUCCAUAUAAAACGAGUAGAUUUGAGAUCGUCAGAAAUGUACCACGUCGCAGUUUACCUCCGCCUAAGAACAAAGUAUUCUAUGUCCGAGAUCAGUAUGGAACCUUGCAGACCACGUCUACGAGUGUAGAGUCUAUGCUAUGUCCCACCAUUCCUACCGUAGUGAUCGGAAUCAGUCCUGAGUUUGUAAUAUACAAUUGUCCUGACGUCAGUAAAGAAUUGCAGGGGAUUUCUAUUACUGAGAGAAAUCAAGUGUCUGCACCUGUCCCUAGAGGAACUGAAACUCAUGAUCCGACUGAAGAAGUGCAGAAGUCUGCAAUUGCUAAUAGUGAAAACCAGAACAUUUCUGUUGAUGGGGAAGGCCAAAGGUCGUUAGCUGAUAAAGGCGAUUCUCCUUCAGCAAAAGAAACACACGACACAAGUUCUGAUAUUCCCACCACCACGUCUGGAGGAAAUGACAAUUUUCCCAAUGUCAUUAGUAAUAUACGUACAGUUUCCAUUACUGAAGAGAAAGAAAAAUCAUUAUCUCCUCCGAGAGACACUGAAAACUUUAAUAAUGGUAAAGGGCUUGAAGCUUCUACCGCAGGUUCCGGUGUUACCACUGCCACAGACACUGGAGAUAAGCAAGGUGUUGUAACUGACAAAGUUUCUGAUGCUACUAUUGAAUUGCAGAGUAUUUCUGUUGGCGGAAGGAGUAAAAAAUCUUUACCCGGCAAAGGGGAUUCCCUUACAGGGGUCGCUAGUAAUAUUGUUGCCUCGAUUGGAGGGAAACCGGACCGUUCAGAUGAAAAUGCUCGUGGUGUGAUUAAAAAAGUGCUCAGAGAAGAAAGUCAAGAACCUUUAUCUGUCCUAAGAGACACUAAAAACAUUCGCAUUUCUGAUGAGAGCCAACUUCCUAAGCUAGAUACCAGUCUUUCCGCUGACGCGAAUGGAAAGAAGCUGGAGUCUGCAACUGAAAGUGAUACUGAUGCUAAUGGUGACAUCCUAAAACCUAUACCUGGCGAAGGAGCUUCCUCUCCUGUAAAAGAAACAGAAGUCCUAAGUAAGAGCAAAAAAAGACGCAGCAGGAAAAGAAAGUCUCUGCAAGCCAAAACUGCUUCGGAAAAUGCGAAAGAAGCCUCAAAUGAAAGUUCCGUCCCUUCUACUCCAAAAACAGGAAAAAAGAAAAGAAAUAAGAAAGAAGACAAGUAAUAAAAAAGAAAAUUAAAGUUGCCUGAAUGAAGACCCAGCUUUUACACCAGCAAGAUGGAACUAGAUGUUGCGCCUUAGUGAAAGAACGUCAUGGAUACCACUUGUCAGAGUCUGACCAUUCACUGAACAAAAAUAUGCCAGAAAGAGCUUACAGUCUAAGAAUAAUAAUUUCUGAAAUUAACGAUUUCUGCAAUUCAGCCAAACGUAGCGUCGUCACGUUAUAGAAAAGGGGAAAGCAUGCUCCUCGAUAUCGCUGGUUCUCUGGCCUCUUAAAAAUAUUUAGUAUCAUGUUUUAAUUAAUUGUCUUUGUUUAAUUUAUUUAUGUUGUUGUAAUGUAACUACACUCGUACUUUCUGCACGACAGAGUACACCCAUUAAUUUAUACAUUAAUGAAUCAAAUUAUAAAAGUUUUAAAACAUCA